AGUGGGAGCCCUUCCUUCCUUCCUCCUCCUCCUCCUCCUCCUCCCUCCCCGAAGUGUUGAGAGCCAGCCGCAAGGAGAGCAAGCAGGCGGGGUGGUGUUUUCUGAAGCCACUCCUGCCAAGAAGGAUUUACGACUUGGGAAGAGAAAAAGAAGAGAGAAGAAGAGAGAGAGAGAGAGAGGAGAAGAGAAGCCACCGGGGAGGAGCGCAGCCUGGGGGGAGUGGGUGCCUGUGUGUGUCUGCCUGUCCCUCCCUCCAAGGAGAGGAGCCCAGGGCUUCCCUUCCUGGAAUAUGCCCCCCAGCGUCCAGGUCCUGGGCUUGAGGUAGUAGGCGCUGCUGCUCCAGGAUGGCUUCCCGGGCCCUGCUGAGCCUCCUCUGCCUUCAGGCCGCCCUGGGAGACUCUCGGCCGAGAGGUUCCGAGCCCUCCGCUCCCGACUUGGAAGGAGACCUUCUCUUCCUCCUGGACAGCUCCGGCAGCGUCUCCUACUACGAGUUCUCCAGGGUCAAAGAGUUCAUCGCGGACCUCCUUCGCCCCUUCCGCUUCGGCCCCCAUGACGUCCAGACGGGCGUGGUCCACAUCAGCACCCUGCCCAGCCUGGAGUUUCCUUUCGACCGCUAUCUCUCCAGCGGGGCGGUUCAGCACGCCGUCCGCGGCAUCCGCCAGAAGAUGGGAGACACCAACACCGGGAAGGCCCUCUCCUUCGCCAAGGAGAAGCUCUUCACCGAGGAGGCCGGCGCCCGGGCCGACGUGCCCAAAGUGAUGGUGUGGGUCACCGACGGCUUCUCCACCGACGACGUGUCCCACCCCAUGCGGCUGCUGAAGGACAUGGGGGUCACCGUUUUCAUCGUCAGCACCGGGCGGGGGAACUACUUGGAGCUUUCCGCCGCGGCCAGCCAGCCCCCCGAGAAGCACCUUCAUUUUGUGGAUGUGGACGACCUCAUCAUCAUUACGAAGGAGCUGAGGAAUGCCAUCACAGGGGUCAUGGAAGCCAAGCGUCUCCGCGCAACGGAAAUCUCUUCAAGCAGCUUCCGCAUCACGUGGCCACCGCUUCUCACCCGUGGCACUGGGUAUUACGUCCUGGAGUAUGCCCCAAACGGAGACCCCCGGCGGAAAGUGACCAGACAGAUGCCCGGCGACCACACCAGCGCUGUCGUGCGCGACCUCCAGCCGGAAACCACUUACGAGGUGGCGCUCGUUCCGGAGUCAAACGAGAAGUACAUCCCUCCGCAGGUCACCAGAGUCACCACUUUGGAAGAAGUGAUCAGCCCGGCACAGGUCCUCAUCUCGGACUCGAAGCCCCACAGCGUUCGGGUCAGCUGGUCCCCGACCCCGGAGGGCGUGGCCAGCUACCAGCUCCUCUAUGGCCCUCUUCCUGGGAACGCCAUCCAGGUGGUGGAGGUGAAAGGGAGCCUCAACUCCACCGUCCUGGAAGACCUGGCGGCCAACACCACUUACCUGGUGACCGUCUCAGCCAUUUAUAAAUCCGGCAAAGAGAAAGCACUCUCCGCUAAGGCCUGCACCCAGGAAGAGAACUCCAAGAUCAAGCACCUCCGCUUUGAGGACAUGAGCCCCACCAUGGUCAAGGCCUCCUGGGACGCGGCUGACGGCAACGUGGCCGGCUACCGGGUGCGGUGCCGGCGGCAGGCGGGCCCGUCGACCCUCCUCAGCGUCUCGCCCCAGAUCCACAGCGUUCUGCUGUCGGACCUGGCGGUGGGCAGCACCAACAAGGUGUGCGUCCGGCCCAUCUACAAAAACCUGCCGGGAAAAGGGCUGUGCAGGAUGGUCCACAUGCAGCCAGCUUCAGUCCCCAGAGGCUAUCGGCACCGGAGAGAGCAUAAGCAUUAAUGGACCUGAGCAGAACCUCUGUGGAGCAGAGCGAGACGGACCGGAGGAGAGCGCGCAUGCGCAUGGCGCAUGGCAAGUGAGCCAUAAUCCCAAACCUAUGAGACCCCUGGCUCUCUCAUUGCCACUGGGAAUAAGGAUUGGCACAUGAAGAAGACUCCGCCAGACAUUGCCCAGUAUUGCUUUCCGUAUCCUUCCUUGUAUUCCAGCAAGACUGAGGAUCCAAAUCCCUUCGUCCAAAAUCCUUACUGUAUUUUGUAUUUAUUUGUUUUUAGCUAUCGUCAUUGAGUGAGUAAGAAGGUUACAUGCAGGUCUCCCUUCUCCCACCCCUAGAUUCAUACAUACAUCUAUAUCUAUAAAAAUGUCAUGUGCGUUUUAUUACGGAGUAAACAACAAAACCACUGAUACCAAUCACAUCAAAUAUGUCUUUCAAACAAAACAAAAAAAACACAUAGAAAAAUAAAAUCCAAAUUAGAGGAAGAACGGUUUUUUCCCCUUGCUGCCAGUUAGAAGGGUAGGCUCCGCCCAUAUUUAUAUAUAUAUAUAAAUGCAAUGUGUGUUUUAUUACGGAGUAAACAACAAAACCACUGAUACAAAUCACAUCAAAUAUGUCUUUCAAACAAAACAAAAAAAACACAUAGAAAAAUAAAAUCCAAAUUAGAGGAAGAACGGUUUUUUCCCCUUGCUGCCAGUUAGAAGGGUAGGCUCCGCCCAUAUUUAUAUAUAUAUAUAAAUGCAAUGUGUGUUUUAUUACGGAGUAAACAACAAAACCACUGAUACAAAUCACAUCAAAUAUGUCUUUCAAACAAAACAAAACAAAACACAUAGAAAAAUAAAAUCCAAAUUAGAGGAAGAACGGUUUUUUCCCCUUGCUGCCAGUUAGAAGGGUAGGCUCCGCCCAUAUUUAUAUAUAUAUAUAAAUGCAAUGUGUGUUUUAUUACGGAGUAAACAACAAAACCACUGAUACCAAUCACAUCAAAUAUGUCUUUCAAACAAAACAAAAAAAACACAUAGAAAAAUAAAAUCCAAAUUAGAGGAAGAACGGUUUUUUCCCCUUGCUGCCAGUUAGAAGGGUAGGCUCCGCCCAUAUCUAUAUAUAUAUAAAAAUGUAAUGUGCGUUUUACUAUGGAGUAAACAACAAAAACACUGAACCCAAUCGCACCAAAUUUGGCCACAAGACAUCCAAAAUAUGUCUUUCAAACAAAACAAAAAACACCUAGAAAAAUAAAGUCCAAAUUAGAGGAAGAACGGUUUUUUCCCCUUGCUGCCAGUUAGAAGGGUAGGCUCCGCCCAUAUCUAUAUAUAUAUAAAAGGGUAAUGGAAUCACGGCACCGGACAAAACAACUAAACUAAAUGCCCCACAACCUCGAAAAUUGACAGCACAACCUCUCAUCCAUGCCUCUACGUUCAUACAACAAAAAGAAAAGAAAAAUUAAGUCCUAGCCACAGCAACGCGUGGCCGGGCACAGCUAGUCUAUAUAUAAAAAUGUAAUGUGUGUUUUACUAUGGAGUAAACAACAAAACCAAUGAACCAAAUCACACAAAAUUUGGCCACAAAAGACAUCGUUAUCUAAAAUAUGUCUUUCAAACAAAACAAAACACCUAGAAUAAUAAAGUCCAAAUUAGAUGAAGAACUGUUUUUUCCCCUUGCUGCCAGUUAGAAGGGUAGGCUCCGCCCACUUUGUCUCCUAGCAACCCACUCAGCCAUUUAAUGGUGCCCAGAGCCUCUUCACUCAGGCCUCUUCCACACUGUCUAUAAAAUACAGAUUAUCUGAUUUGAACUGGAUUAUAUGGCAGUGUAGACUCAAGGCCCUACCACACACCUAUACAACAAAUAAUUCCCAUAAAAAUGAUUCCCAUACAAAUGAUUCCCAUACACCACAGAAAUGUGUGGCCGGGCACAGCUUUUAUAUAUAUAUAUAUAUAUAUAUAUAUAUAUAUAUAUAUAUAUAUUCUUAAUUUCAAUAUUCGUUGGCACUAAGUGUAUCCAUUCUGAAGCCUCUGCAUAUUUGCCCAGGCAAUCGUGGCAAAUAAAAUAGUUUCUGCAAUAGUUUUCUGCUCUUAUCGGGCAGGACACAUCACAUUAUUUCACACAACCAGCAAGCUGGGGUUUCAUUCAAACGUUUACAUGGACUGCAGAUGUAACAUAAACAUGGUGGGAUUCUUUAUUGGUAUUGUGAAGCAGGGUUUGCUUAACCCAAGAACACGAAACAGGGCCCCUUUUCACUAAUAACUUUUUGAGACGCAGUAUUUUUUCUCCUUCAUUAAAAAUAAUAAUAAACAAAACGUGGUGAAGUUGC